CAGGGAAGAGGUCAGGCGGACCAGGGUCAAGUCCGGGGAAGACAAACACGUCCGCUUCUCCCGCCCUUCUCUCUCCUCCGUCCCUCCUCUCUCACACUCCUCCCCUUCGACUCUCCCCUCCUCCCUUCUUCCCUCUCCUCCAAACUUUCCUACGCACCAGAAGGAAGAAGAAUCCGCCACAACUUUUGGGAUCCGAAAGUGUUCCAGGAUGAGAAGCGACUCGGACCUCGUGCUGGACCGGACCACUUCUGGACGUCAGUGACUUCUGCGGACUAAGAGACUCGGUGGCGGCUCAGGCGCAUGUGACGUCACAGCUCGAGGUGAGCCCGUGCGCGCGUGAGAGAGCGAAGGAGAGAGGAUGCCAGCAUGUCCCCCCUGGUCGCCCCGCUGCUCCUCCUCUGGCUCUCCUGCCUCCCCCCGCGGGUGUCGUGCUCCUCCAGCAGGGAGCGCUUCAAGGUGAUGAUCGCUCCCGUCUGUAAACGGAUCUGCGUCCACGACCAGUGCCUUUAUACCUGUGAGCAAGGCAGCAACUCCACGCUGAUUGCAGCCAACGGACAGGCCGCCGACGUGCUGGUGGGACCGGGAUUCACGGUCGUGGUGUGCCCCCUGACCUGCUUGAACGGGGGAGUAUGCAGCUCCAGGAAACACUGCCGGUGUCCUCCUGGCUUCACGGGGCGACUCUGCCAGUCCCCGGUGCCACAGCAGGUCCAGGCCGCCCGCGGGAACAAGCAGCCUGUCUACCCAGUCUCCCUGAAGCCAGACUCACCAAAAGUGCCGGAGCGGUCGAGUCUGGGCCGGGCUGGGCCUCAGCUGACCCAAACCCACAUGAUCACCAUCCCGCUGAGCCAGGCGGGGCAUCACUCCUCUGAAGUGCAGGUCAACCUCCGGGUCCUCCACACGCCAGACACGUCUGUGCACAUCCAGCCUCAGGACCCAUUGGACCUCAAACCUCCUCUGAAGAUGCCCGCACGGGCAUCUCUGGCCAGGCAUAAGCCCAAAGGCCGAUGCUUCCAGGAGACCACGCCCAAGCAGGCGUGCAACAGCACGCCACUGCCCGUCCUGACCAACCAGGAGGACUGCUGCGGCAGCGUGGGGAACUCCUGGGGACAGAACAAGUGCUUCCAGUGCCCCAAACUGCCGAAUCCAUCAGUCAAGCAGGGCAUCGUGGAAGACUCCGGCUCCACCUGUCCACAAGGCUACAAGAGGUUCAACAGCACGCACUGUCAAGACAUCAACGAGUGCUCGCUGCAGGGAGUCUGUCAGAACGGCUACUGUCUCAACACGCUGGGCAGCUUCAAGUGUUCCUGCAAUGACGGCCUUGUUUUAGAGCGGAACCGAUGUGUCGAGCCUCCGGCCGAGCAGGCCCAGUGCUUCCGCAGGGUCUCGGACCAGAACGUGUGCGAACAACCGGUGCCGACCCUGAUCAGCCAGAAGCUGUGCUGCUGCACUGUGGGCCUGGCCUGGGGCAGCGACUGCCAGCGAUGCCCCCAGGAGGGCACAGUGGCCUUCGCCCAGAUCUGCCCGGCAGGAAAGGGUUACAGCAUCCAAACACGGAUUGUUUCCUUCCCUCCAUUCUUCCUCCCCCUGAAACCCGACCAAGAGGAGUCCAAGCCUGCGCAGAGGCCAGUAGAGACCACCACCGCCGUCCAGCAGCUGCCCAGGAGCCCAAGUUCUCGAGUCCCUGUUGUGAAGCCGACUCCGCCCACCAUCCUCAGGAUCCCACCCAACAACGACCCUUUGGAAACUCAGAUCACCAUCUCCGACGACGACGAGUGCGGCCUGAGCAGGAACAUCUGUGGACACGGAGAAUGUGAGAACAGUCCCAACGGUCACAUCUGUCACUGUCACCUGGGAUACCACUUCAACCUGCAGACCAACAUCUGUGAAGAUGAUAAUGAGUGUGACUCCGACCCGUGUGGACACGGCCGCGGUCACUGCGUCAACCUCGACGGAAGCUACAAGUGUCUCUGUCGUCCAGGAUACAAGCACAUGGUCCAGCACGGACGGCUCAAGUGCAUCGACGUGAACGAGUGCUCCAAACCAGACAUCUGCGGUGCCGGCGGUCAUUGUGUCAACCUGCCCGGCUCCUACAAGUGCGAGUGCCACAGUGGCUACAAGAGCAAGUCCCACCGACACGCUCUCUGCGAAGACAUCAACGAGUGUCUGCAUUCAGACGCGUGUCCAAACCAGCAGUGCGAGAACACGCCGGGCUCCUAUGAGUGUAUUCCAUGUCUGCCGGGUCACGAGGCCCGAGCUGGAGUCUGCUACGACAUCAACGAGUGUCAGACACCGGGCAUCUGCCCGAACGGUCGCUGUGAGAAUCUUCCUGGGACGUACCGCUGCCUCUGCAACGAGGGCUUCCUCCCGCUGGCCGACAGCAAGGGAUGCAGGGACGUGGACGAGUGCGAGGACGUCCGCUUGUGUGCUAACGGCCGCUGCAUCAACACGGAGGGGUCGUUCCAGUGCCAGUGUUAUCCAGGUUACCGUCGCACGCAGGAAGGGAGCCACUGCGAAGAUAUCAACGAGUGUGAGAAACUGUUGAGCUGCCAGAGGGGGCGCUGCAUCAACAAAAUGGGCUCGUACCACUGCGAGUGUCCAAAGGGCUACGCACUGGUGGGAGGGAGGAGAUGUCAAGACGUGGAUGAGUGCGCUGCCGACCGGAAUCUCUGUCAGCCGUUCGGAUCCUGCGAGAACAGGCCGGGAUCGUACGUCUGCGCCUGUCGCCAUGGUUACGCUCUCUCCGAGGACAAACACAGCUGCGAGGCAGUGCAGGUGCAGAUGGAGGAGAAGAAGGAGUGCUACCUGAACCUGGACGACACCGUCUUCUGCGACAGUGUUCUGGCCACCAACGUCACCAAGCAGGAAUGUUGCUGUUCCAUCGGGGUGGGCUGGGGGGACCACUGCGAGAUCUACCCCUGCCCCGUCUCACACUCGGUUGAGUUUAUUUCCCUGUGCCCGAGUGGUCAGGGUCUGUACACCGACAGGAGGCAACUCUACAGCCUAGCCGCCUACAAAGACAUCGACGAGUGCUCCCUGUUCUCGGAUGAGAUCUGUAAGAAGGGUCGCUGCGAGAACACGCUGCCGGGCUACGAGUGCUACUGCCAGCAAGGCUUCUACUACGACAGCAAUCUGCUGGAGUGCAUCGACGUCAACGAGUGUCACGACGAGUCGCUCUGCACCAACGGCCACUGCGUCAACACAGACGGGUCUUUCUUCUGCAACUGCCCGCUGCCCUGGACUCCUGAUGCCAGCAGGAAGUCCUGUGUCAUCACCACGUUGGCUGACGUGAACGAGUGUGAUGACGCUUCCAACUGUAAGAACGGCCUCUGCGUGGACAUCCCCGGCUCCUACUACUGCAUCUGCUCGCCCCCCUGGACGCUGGCCAUCGACCGCAAUAGCUGUGUCACCCCUGAGGAGCAGGCCGAUGUGAAUGAGUGCCAGGACCCGUCCUACUGUAAGAACGGGAGGUGUGAGAACACGCCCGGCUCCUUUCACUGCUUUUGCGACCUGCCACUCACCUUCAGCGCAGCGCUCAAACAGUGCGUCUAUGAUGAUCGCACUGCGGCACACAAAGACGUGUGUUUCCUCCAGGUGGUGGAAGGGCUGAUCUGCAGCGAGCCACAGAACGGCCUGGUGGUCACGUACUCCGAGUGCUGCUGCCACUACGGCCGAGGUUGGGGGCCAGAGUGCAACACCUGCCCGUCCAGGAACUCAGAGAUGUUCACUCGUCUGUGUGAGAUGCACCUGGAGACCGAGUCGGACGGAGACCAGGAGUCACUGGCUGCGUUUGUCAACUACAAUCCAGGUGACAGUUCUGAGGAGGACUCGGACGAGUGCAGCUGCGCCAACGGCCGCUGUGUGCGUUCGUACCUGGGCACCAUGUGUGAGUGCAACCCGGGAUUCAGACUGGACCACUCCAGGAGCCGCUGCGUAGAUUUGGACGAGUGCAAAGAGUCGGGUCUUCGGAGUGGCCCGUGUAAGAACGCGCAUUGUGUCAACACAGUCGGCUCCUUCAUGUGUUACUGCAAACACGGCUUCACGGCUACACGCAAUCCCAACAUCUGCAUACGGCGCAGAGCGCGAUAACACCUGGGCCUGCCUUCUAUCCCAUAAUAACCCCGAGCACACCUGGAGGCACCACCUGCGACAGUCUCAUGAGAACCUGGUCCAAGUUUUCUAGUUCUUCUCCAAGUCUUCCUCCAAGUUCUCCCCCAAGUCUUUCACCAAGUCAUCCUCCAAGUUCUCGCCAAGUCUUUCACCAAGUCAUCCUCCAAGUUUUCUCCAAGCCUUUUUCCAAAUCUUUCACCAAGUCAUCCUCCAAGUUCUCCCCAAGUCUUUCACCAAGUCAUCCUCCAAGUUCUCUCCAAGCAUUUUUCCAAGUUUUUCACCAAGUCAUCCUCCAAGUUCUCUCCAAGCCUUUUUCCAAGUCUUUCACCAAGUCAUCCUCCAAGUUCUGCCCCAGGUCUUUCACCAAGUCGUCCUGCAAGUUCUCCCCCAAGUCUUCAUCCAAGUACACUGCCACCUCUCAUUAUUUACGAACUUUUGUUAUUGUCACGUUGCGUUUGUGUCAAUAUAUGUUCCAAACUUUUGGACCGUUUAUGUAAUUUAACUGUUGAGUGUUUAUGAUUUUGUUAUUUGAGCUGCCGACAUUUCUGUCAAUCAAACAGUCACAUCAAGUCGGAGAUUUGAACUGAACUGAACAGCGCCACCUGGAGACGGGGACUGGACAGCAAUUGUGACAUUUGGUUCUGAAUGUGGGUCCUGAUGCCGACACAGUCGGGGGACUCGGGCAGAUUUGACACUUUUGAUAUUAAAGUUUUGUUUUCU